AUGAGGGGACCAUGGGUACUGGAACCUGUCACCAGAACCAGCUCUAUAUUGCCGUGGGUAACACUGUUGUGUCUAGCUCCGGCCAUCAGGAGUAAUGGUCCCCUAAGAGCAGUAGUGACCCUGCAACCCCCAUGGUUCAAUGAGCUCCAAGGGGACAGUGUGACUUUGACUUGUGAAGUGUUCCAGACUCCUGGACAGAAUUCUGUUAAAUGGCUCCACAAUGGGUCAGUUCUCCCCAUCUAUGGGGAGUCCUUUACCAUCCCAGCUGUCAACGUGGAAGACAGUGGGGAAUACCAGUGCCAGACAGAACACACUGCUCUCAGCAACCCUGUGCAACUACAAGUCACUAGUGAUUGGCUGCUACUCCAGGUAGAGAGACUAGAAUUCACAGAAGGUGACACUAUGACCCUAAGGUGCCACAGUUGGAGGAACAAACCUCUGCACAAAGUCACAUACUACCACAACAACCAAUCCUUAAAGUUUCACAAUCGGGCUUUCAAUCAUAUUGUCCAUCAAGUGGACUGUACUCACAGUGGAUCCUACUACUGUCAAGGAAACAUAGGGUGUACUACCCGUGUAUCUGCAGCUGUGGUUAUCACUGUCAAAGGGAAGAUGAGCACCAUGAAAGUGGUUAUAAUAAUAUUGCUCCUGGUGAUUGUGAUUGGUAUAAUUGCUGCUGCUGCCCUGUAUUUCUUCAAGAAAAUCUAAGAACCAGCCAACACUCCUGAUGAGACAGGAAAGACUAAGGGAACUGCGGUGCCUCAGCUCCUUCCCGGCACACUCCACCCCUUCCUCUUUUCCCCUUUCUUACUUAACUCCUAUGUUUCUCUCUUGCUCCAUCUGUUCUGCUCUACACAUCCCACCUCCCCAGGUAUUCCUCAUCUCCCUGUUUUCUCUAGGUGGAGAUUUCAGUGUCUUAUUCAUCUGUAAAGUACAGAAGUGUCAAGAUAUUAGGAGAUACCUGAGAAGCAAGUGGUAUCCUAAGCUGGAGUUAACAACAAUCCUUUGUGCUCAGCCUCUGGAUGAUGUCACUCUCUAGCAAAAUCAUAUAAUUAUUGCAUUGCUUUCACCAGCGUCAGAUGUUCUCAGAGCUCGGACAAGUUUUAGUCAUGAAGCCUCACUAUGAAUCAAACUCGUCAUGUUGUUGUGGUUACCCCUCUUUGUCAGGGUUACAGCUCACUGCACAGCCACUGGUAUAAGUGUUGAGAUUUGGCCACACCAAAGCGGGUCCCCCAAUAGGGACGGGGGCCGGGGCACUUGUGUCCUUGCUUGUAAUUUGU